GCUCCACCGUACUGCUCGCUGCGCCAUGUUAGCUGGCUGAUACGGGGAGUGGAGUUGGGCAAACCGCUUGUAAAAAAGAAGAAGAAAAAAACCAAACCACUUUCCCAGACAUGAAGCACUCCGAGAGCCAGUAAAUCAACGGGGUAGGAUUUCUUUCUUUCCUUCGCCGCUCCGCGUCUCGUUGGCCGGUUCGCUCGAGGCGUUUGUCGGCGAACUCCGAUGGAUCUCAGGACCGCUUGGAUCCAGCCUGAGCAGAAGGGACCUGCCAAUUCCCUGUGGAUGCACAUUUGGGAAACCUCUCAGGGAUUCAGAACCAACUCCGGCGUCGACGUCGACUUUCGCCAGCGUAACUUUACCACCACGCCGAUUUCAAACUCCUCCGAGGCGAAGGGCGAGUGCCGUAAAAAUGUAGCGGCGGAGGCGGUGUUCGGGAAAGUGUCGGAGCGAGGAAGCGUCCGGAGGAAGGGCUCGCUGUCGCCGUCCUCUUCCUCUCAGGACUCGGAAGCUGAAAGCUCUUCACCCGGCGGCUCCUCUCUGCGAAUCGACGAUCUGAACGUCGCAGAGGAAGCCAACCGGUUUUUACACUACGGCGACUUUAAGGAGAACCACCUUAGACAGCAGCAGCAACCGCCUCUUUUCCACGGGGUCCACUGUCGCAGCAUGCAACAAUCCGGCGGCCACACCCCCAGCGGGAUGAAAAACCAGCAUGCCAACAAGCACCACCAUCAGCCACGCAGGAGGCACGCCAACAGGGCCAACACUUUCCACGGCUUUAACCCGCUCCUGUCGGCCGGCUGCAGCCCUCACCACUGCGCCGACUCCUGCUCCAGUCUGUGGAAAACCAGGAGGUACAGCCCGGGCGUCAAUGGUCUCCAUGAAGAGAUAUUGGACUUCUUUAACUUCAUGUCGCCACGGCCAGAAGAGGAGGCAAUGAGAAGGGAUGUCGUGAACAGAAUCGAGAAUGUUAUCAAGGACUUAUGGCCCACAGCACAGGUGGAAAUAUUUGGCAGCUUCAGUACAGGACUAUAUCUUCCAACAAGUGACAUUGACCUAGUGGUGUUUGGUAAAUGGGACCAUCCUCCACUGCAGGAACUGGAACAGGCUCUGAAGAAGCGUAAUGUGGCUGGACCAUAUCCAAUAAAGGUCCUUGACAAAGCAACAGUGCCAAUCAUCAAGCUCACAGACCACGAAACAGAAGUGAAAGUGGACAUCAGUUUUAAUGUGGAGACGGCUGUCCGAGCAGCACAGUUGAUAAAGAGCUACCUUAAGAAGUACACUGUUCUGCCGCCCCUGAUCUUUGUACUGAAGCAGUUCCUCCUGCAAAGAGAUCUGAAUGAAGUCUUCACGGGAGGCAUCAGCUCUUACAGCCUUAUACUGAUGGCCAUCAGCUUCCUGCAGUUACACCCUCGGAUUGAUACACGACGUACAAACAUCAAUCUGGGCAUCCUGCUGAUCGAGUUCUUUGAGCUGUAUGGCCGUGAUUUUAACUACAUGAAGACUGGCAUCCGUGUGAAGAAUGGAGGUGCUUACCUCUCUAAGGAGGAAAUGCUGAAGGCCAUGGGGAACGGAAACAGACCAUCUAUGCUCUGCAUAGAAGAUCCAAUACAGCCAGGGAAUGACGUGGGCAGAGGGUCAUAUGGAGUCCUGCAGGUCAAGCAGGUUUUUGACUUUGCUUAUAUGGUGCUGAGUCAUGGUGUGUCUCCGCUUGCACGUGCAUACCCUAAUAAAGAGUAUGACAGCACCUUAGGACGCAUCAUUAAGGUCAGCCCGGAAGUGCUGGUUUAUAGGGAUUGGACAAUCAAGAUGUGGGGAGCCAGGAAAUAUACAAAGCUGGAGAAGCAUGAUGUGGAAACCUGUGAGCACGACCUCGCCAGAAUGAUGCUGGUGUCGGUGGAGGAUCAGAGAGACACGUCGUCUCCCCUCAGUGCAGACUCUCCCCUCAGUGCAGACUCUCCCUCAUCAUCUCCAGUCUUCCUGCCCAGUCCUCAACACCAUUCUUCAGCUUCCUCUUCGUCAUCAUCAUCCUCUGCAUGCUCUCUCUCAUCUUUCUCUGGAAGUGACAUAGAGUCAGAUUCUCCUUCGAGCAGUAAUGCUGCUAUCCAGCUCCACACACUCACUUUGGCAUCAGUCCCUUCAAUAAUCCAGCUGGCGACUGAUUUGAGGGCCACACAUACUGCUGGCUUUAUCACCACCACACCUCAGAUGUCUCUUCCAAGGAACAUGACGAUUCCUUCACUUCCUGACUGCCACUUCUUCCACGAGAAUCUCCCCACUAUCAAUAUUAUCCACCGCCACGCAUCACAAACUGCACAAGUGUCUCAGCCGAUGAACGGCCCAAGCCCGCUACCCAGCCCUCUCCAUCAGCUCCACCACCAUCAGGUCGCAGGGCAGCAGAGCCACAACUACAUUAUGAGAUCAAGUCCCCGUGGCUGCAUUGAGCCACACAAAUUUGGCUUCAGUCACAGCCAAGGUGGUAGCAUCCAAGGUCAGAAUCAUGCCCCAAGUAGCUUCAGUCCCCAGCGUCACUUUGUUAACCAGGGUACUAACUUGACGCCAGGAUUCAGGAAUCAACAGCAGUAUAACCGCAACCCAUGGCGACGCAGAAAGAGGGACAGUGUGUCUGUUCUAAACCAAAGCAGAUGAAAGACUGAAGCUUCAUGAUUUGACUUGAUUCCUGCUGGUCGAUGAAGGCCUCAUUCAGACAGCUCGUAGCUGACUGUCCCAAACCGAGAAAUAAACGUGUGGUUUUAAAAGCCAUCAAGACACACCUGUCAACACCAUGGAAGCCCCAAGUCAGUCAUCUUCUGUUAGACGAGCUCUUGAUUGGUCAACAGGUCAAGCUGGACUGAUUGCAGAAGGCUUAAAUUGUUAACUGAGCUCCAGUUGGGAUGUUGGUCAGGUAGAAGUUAGAGCUCCUCCUCAAACUCACCAGCAUAGACUUGAGUUGAUUGAGCACUAUGAGUGGAUGGAUAUAAGUGUCAUUGCCCAGUGAAUAAAAUGGCUGACUGGUUAGCUGAAGACCUGAGAGGUGUUUGAAAUAAUUUGAAUGUCUCCAGAAGCAGCCCGAUGUGCCAUAACCCCAAUCUCUCCCUCACCAAACCUUGUUGGUCUUGGUCAGUGGUUUGGUCCUGCUUGGCUUUGCAAGACAUAAGUGCUCCCCUCAAUGGGACGUUGCGAUCAGGCUUGUUGGGUCUCCUGAAUGGUUAUCCGUCGUGGCUUCGCUCUUGAUUUUGAGCUCUUACAUCUCGACUGUUUCAAAGCACUACCUUACCUAUGCAGUGCAAGGCUGAUUCAACGUUAUUGGUGUAUUGGCACAAAAUUGACCUUGACUCAAGUGCUUGAACUGUGAUGACUUGUUUGAAUGUAUGGGUACUGUUUAGGUUGUGUCUUACUCUCUCACACACACACAUCCUAGUUGAAAGUAUUUCACCCAUUGUUCUUUUGUCCAGUUUAGUUUAUGCCUCUCUUUGCAGAGCCACUCGGAAAUGACACACAUCUGUUAAUACUAGUCUUCCAUCAAUGAGAGGAUUCCCCCCCCCCCCCCCCCCCCCCCCCACACACACACACACACACACACUGGCGCAGUCAGUGUUGCUUGUAGCACAGCUGUUGCCGUCUCAUUUUAGUUUGUUGCAUUUAUGUGCAAUAUUGAAUUGAUUUAAAUUCAUCCCGGUUUUAGUUUAUUUUAGGACUUUACCCAAUUAAAUCUCCUCCCAGUGUUGAUUUGUGCAAUAGAUGGAUUUAAUGGCCUUGAAAGGAUGUGUGUGCAUCUUUCCAUCAAUAGGGGGCACUGUGGUAUAGCAACAUGAGGGAUGUGCCAAAAAGUCAACGUGCCAACAUUUUAUUCCACAUUUGAUUCGCCAUUGCAUUACAGUCACUUGAAGUUUAUAUCUCGUCAGUAUUACAAGUUUUAUUUGGGGUCAUUUGUUGCCGCAUAAGUGAACUUUAGCAGUGUUGACUUGUGUAACACAAAACCAGUUGGUGCUUCUUUAUUACCAGCAAAGUGCUUGUUUUAUGCCUUAUAUCUCUAUUGAUUCUGUUAGUGCAACACGUUAAUUGUCUUCCUAAAUGACCAAAUUUGUCCCUCCACUCCCGAUUGUGGUUUUUUUUUUUUUUUCUUUUUUCCCAGUGCUGCUUGCUUUACCCAUUCAUCUCUAAGCACUGCCAGUUUUACUUGGCUUUUAUUUUGACUUUAGUUGUUCGCUGUUUAUUACUGUAUUUAACAAUCAUAUGUUUAGAUUUUUUCACAUAAUUGUCAGGUAACAACAUAAAACUUCAUAUGUAGAAUGUAUAAGAGCCCUGUGCCAUUCCACAAAGCAUUUUGAUUCCUGUGUGGUUAUUCUUUAAACAAGGUUUCUUUAGUCUGUAAUCUACACAGCGAUCCAUCAGAGGACCUGAAGGUGGGGUGUCACUUACAAAACUACUCUGCAGUGGUUUUAAAUUCAGUGACACAACGAAAACCUGCUGAAAUGUAUUUUUAAGGAGUAUCUGUCUGACAGCUUGUGAACAAACUGUCAAACUUUACUCAGAUGCAUUGUAUUAUCCCCUUGUUUUGUUUUUUGUUUUGUUUUUUUAUGCAGUUUUUCUUUUUUAAGUUAAGCUACAGAAUGGUAACUGAUUAGUUGCUGCACCUGUUGCCAUAAACCAAAUUCCCAGCUCAUGUCUGUUUGUAAUCAACGAUGGGUUGAAAUAUGUAAACGAGUGACUUCUCAUUUGCCCUGGGUUCCCCAAUCUGCCCCCUCUCCCUCCUUUUGGCGUAUUUUUAUGUAAGGUUUCUAUUUUUUUAAUAAACAUUUUAAAAUUCUCA